AUGAGGUUUUUCAACAAAUCAAAGCCAUAUUUGGCUGUGAUUUUUAUGCAGAUUACCUAUGCAUUUAUGUCCAUAAUUGCAAAGCGUGCUAUGACCGAUGGGUUGAGCCCACUUGUUCUGGUAGCACUCAGGAUGCUCGUUGCUGCAAUUCUCAUUUCUCCUUUCGCCAUUGUAUUAGAAAGAAACACCAGGCCGAAGAUGACAUUCCCCAUUUUUGCAAAGAUCGUGUUGCUUAGUUUAUUCGAGCCUGUGCUUAGCCAGAAUUUGUAUUAUACUGGGAUGAAGUACACUACUGCAACUUAUACAGUUGCCAUGUGCAACAUUCUUCCUGCCAUGGCAUUUAUAAUGGCUUGGAUUUUCGGGCUUGAGAUCGUGAAAAUUAGUAAGGUCCAUAGCCAGGCAAAGAUACUGGGAACCAUAGUGGCAGUCGGGGGAGCGAUGAUUAUGACAUUUGUGAAAGGAAGUCUUCUGGAGUUGCCAUGGACGAAUGGAAGAACUGGUGUUCAUAAUAAAUCAGGAAGUGAUAUGCAAGAUACAGAUCUAAUAAAGGGAGCUGUAAUGAUCAUAGCUGGUUGUUUUUUCUGGUCUUGUUUCAUCAUUUUGCAAGCAUUUAUAUUAAAAUCCUACCCUUCAGAGCUCACUCUGACCGCUUUGGUGUGCACACUAAGUUCCAUGGAAGGCGUCAUACUGGCGUUUGCAGUUGAACGAGGAAACACAAAAAUCUGGUCAAUAUUCAACCCAGAUGUCAAACUUCUAGCUGUGAUUUAUGGGGGAAUGGUGUCCUGCACAGCUUAUUUCAUGAUGGGAUGGUUAAUGAAGAAAAGGGGUCCUGUUUUUGUGAGUUCUUUUAACCCUCUCGGCAUGGUUAUCAUCGCAGUUUUGAGCUCAUUUCUUCUAGCUGAGAAACUCUUCCUAGGAAGGGUUAUUGGGGCAACUGUGAUUGUCAUUGGACUGUACAUGAUCUUGUGGGGUAAAAGCAAGGAGUAUCGUCGCUCAAAAUCACAAAACUGUGAAGAUGCCGGGGCACAAAAUGGUCAACAAAUGGGUAUAAUGAAUGGUGACACAGAAACUCCAAGUCAUGAGUCCGCUGUGACAGUCGAUAAUAGACAGAGACCUGAAGAAGAUUCCAUUUAG